GCCCCAGCCUCCUAUCCAAUUAUGGUCCCUCCCUCUGGGGGCUGGGCCGGCCGACAGGCUCUUCUCCAGCAGAGGGUAGCUUCCUCACUAGGCUCCCAGCCGGGGACAAUGCCAGGCUGGCGCGGUUGUUGCUGCUGGAGGCAGCCACAGUGUUCCCUGAGGCUGUUGCUGUUGGUGCCAUUCGUCCUUGUACCUCCCAUAGCAGCAGCCACAGAGGGUCAAAAUCGAUGUGAUACCAUAUACCAGGGCUUUGCGGAGUGUCUCAUCCGCCUGGGGGACAGCAUGGGCCGCGGAGGUGAGCUGGAGACUAUCUGCAGGUCCUGGAAUGACUUCCAUGCCUGCGCCUCUGGGGUCCUGUCGGGCUGCCCGGAGGAGGCAGCUGCUGUGUGGGAGUCACUACAGCAAGAAGCUCGCCGGGCCCCACACCCAGAUAACUUACACACUCUAUGUGGUGCUCCCGUGCGUGUUCGGGAGCGUGAUGCAAGCCCAGAAAUCAACCAGGAGACGUUACGGGCGACAGGGCCUACACCUGCCCUAGUCCCCGCACCUUCCCUGUUGGCCGCUGCUUUGACCCUAGCUUGUCUCCUGGGGCCCCUGGCCUAGCAGGAAGGGGUUGUUGGCAGCAACCACAUCUCCAGCCCUGGCUCUGCAGAGCGUGCAAGGCUUUCA